CGUUUUAUUUACACAUUUCGGCACGAUUGAAAUUCGAGGAUAAUUGAGAGGCUAGAUCGACCAAACAAUAACUGAAAUUCUACAUUUUUGCAUAAUUAUCAGGACUUAACAUGAAAAUUAAAACAUUAAACUCGUGCUCAUCAUUUUUAUUGAGUAUUUGGGACUAAAAUUUCAGUGAUUAUAUUGUUGCUCCAAAAUCUCACAUUUAUUUUGAAUCCAAUUUCCAAUUCCAAAUUUCAGUUUGCUAUUGGGAAAGAAUACAUAAUGUUCAAAAAUACAUUUCAAAGUGGAUUUUUAUCGAUAUUGUACAGCAUUGGCAGUAAGCCUCUUCAAAUUUGGGACAAGAAAGUGAGAAAUGGACAUAUCAAGAGAAUCACUGAUAAUGAUAUUCAGAGUUUAGUGCUGGAAAUACUUGGAAGUAAUGUCAGCACUACCUAUAUCACGUGCCCAGCUGAUCCCAGGAAGACUCUAGGGAUCAAAUUACCAUUUCUCGUUAUGAUUAUUAAGAAUCUCAAGAAGUAUUUCACAUUCGAAGUGCAGGUUAUCGAUGACAAAAAUGUACGGAGAAGAUUCAGAGCGAGUAAUUAUCAAUCAACAACCAGAGUUAAGCCAUUCAUCUGCACAAUGCCGAUGAGACUGGACGAUGGAUGGAAUCAGAUACAAUUUAAUCUCGCUGAUUUUACGAGACGGGCUUACGGAACCAAUUACGUUGAAACACUGAGAGUACAAAUUCACGCGAAUUGUCGGAUUCGUAGGGUUUAUUUUUCGGACAGACUCUACUCCGAGGACGAGCUACCAGCUGAGUUCAAACUUUUCUUACCCAUUCAGAAUAAGGCUAAAUGUUAAUGAGGCUUGAUGUUGCAAUUACAAUGGAAAUAUACAUGUUUUAUACUUAGGAAAA